GCAUCCUUCUUAAUCAUGGCAGGUGCUGGUGCAACGUAUCUUUUUGGUGUCUAUUCCAAGGAUAUUAAAGCGACUUUAGGCUAUGAUCAAUCCACACUCAACCUGAUGAGCACAUUCAAGGACCUUGGAGCCAAUGUUGGAGUCCUCUCCGGCCUCCUAGCUGAGGUAACUCCGACGUGGUUCGUCUUGCUAGUAGGUGCAGUCAUGAAUUUUGCCGGUUAUUUUAUGAUAUGGUGCGCCGUGACCAAAAAAAUUCCCACCCCACAGGUAUGGCAUAUGUGUGCAUAUAUUUGCAUUGGUGCAAAUUCACAAAACUUUGCCAAUACAGGUUCACUAGUUACUUGUGUGAAAAACUUCCCAGAAAGUAGAGGGAUAAUGCUAGGGCUUAUGAAGGGUUUUGUAGGGCUGAGUGGAGCUCUGUUUACACAGCUUUAUUAUGCUAUCUAUGGGAAUGAUUCAAAGUCAUUGAUUCUGCUGAUUGGUUGGCUACCGGCUGCUAUUUCUUUGGUUUUUGUUUACAACAUUAGAAUAAUGAAGAUCUCCAGACAUCCUAAUGAACAUAAAGUGUUUCAUGAAUACUUAACAAUUUCAGUUAUUCUAGCUUUGUUGCUCAUGGGACUAACCAUUGCUCAGAAAAAGGUUACGUUUCCCCGUAUUGGUUAUGUAUUAAGUGCAGUUGUAGUCUGUGUGAUGUUGUUUUCACCCCUUGCCAUUGCCAUAAGAGAAGAAUAUUAUACUUGGAGGCAUAGGAAACAAAUCACCACCCCCACUAGUAUCAUUGUUGAGGCAACACCACCGACUGAGACGGUAUCAAAAUCUGAGAUAGAACCAGAAUGUACAGAGACCGAGAUAGUGAUGAAGAAUCAGGAAGACUCGUGCUGCACAAAUAUUUGCAAGCGACCUAAAAGAGGUCAAGAUUACACCAUUCUCCAAGCCCUUACUAGUGCAGACAUGUUGCUUCUUUUUGUUGCUACAUUUUGUGGAUUGGGUUGCAGCUUAACAGCAGUGGACAAUCUAGGCCAAAUUGGUGAAUCCUUGGGCUAUCCACAACUUACCAUUUCUACGUUUGUUUCCCUACUUAGCAUAUGGAAUUAUUUUGGUAGAGUUUUCGCCGGAUUUGUCUCUGAAAAGAUUCUGUUGAAGUACAAAGUACCUCGACCAUCAAUAAUGGCAUUUGCCCUUUUGUUAUCUGCCGUUGGAGAUUUACUUAUCGCCUUUCCCUGGCCUGGUUCUGUUUAUCCUGCUUCUUUGGUUUUAGGAUUCUCAUAUGGAGCACAACUCACAUUGCUCUUCACCAUUGUAUCUGAGCUUUUCGGAUUGAAAUAUUACUCAACUCUUUUCAACUGUUCCCAGUUAGCAAGCCCUCUUGGGUCAUACGUACUUAAUGUGAGAGUUGUUGGGAAACUUUAUGAUAGAGAGGCAUUGAAGCAGCUGGCAGCAAAGGGAUUGACAAGAUCAAUGGUGAAGGAAUUGACUUGCAUGGGAAAACAAUGUUACAGGCUAUCUUUCUUAAUUCUUGCUGCCGCUAACUUCUGUGCAUUUUUUGUUACACUGAUUUUGGUUGCGAGAACUCGUAAAUACUAUAGGGGAGAUAUCUAUAAGAGAUUCAGGGAUGAAAUGGAAGCAAAUGAGAAGGAAAUGGCUUUGAAACAAGCACAGGAGAUCCAAGAGGUGAAAAAGUAAGGGGACUAAAGUGUAACAAAAAAAAUCCAAUUCACUGUAAUUUUUUUUUUUUUUUUGCAUUUUUCUGUCCUUUUCUUUUAUUUGUUUUUUAAUUUGUUGAUUGUGCAAUGCGUUGAACUUUGAGCCAAAGGUUGUUUAGAUAAU